CUUCAGCAACGUCAGCACCUUCUCUAGGAACUCGCAGGAGCCGGCUGGCCCCUGUUCCACGGUAAUCAUGUGCGACCGGAAGGCGGUGAUCAAAAAUGCAGACAUGUCGGAAGAGAUGCAACAGGACUCCGUGGAGUGCGCUACUCAGGCGUUGGAGAAAUACAGCGUAGAGAAGGAUAUUGCGGCCCAUAUCAAGAAGGAGUUUGACAAGAAGUACAAUCCCACCUGGCACUGCAUUGUGGGCCGGAACUUCGGUAGCUAUGUGACACACGAAAGCAAACACUUCAUCUACUUCUACCUGGGUCAGGUGGCUAUUCUUCUGUUCAAGUCUGGUUAAAAGCAUGGACUGUGCCAAACACCCAGUGAUCCAUCC